GGUGGCGCACGGGGCGAAGAUGGCGGCGGAGCGGCAGGAGGCGCUGAGGGAGUUCGUGGCGGUGACGGGCGCCGAGGAGGACCGGGCCCGCUUCUUCCUCGAGUCGGCCGGCUGGGACCUGCAGAUCGCCUUAGCGAGCUUUUAUGAGGAUGGAGGGGACGAAGACAUUGUGACCAUUUCACAGGCAAUCCCCGGUUCAGUGUCCAGAGGCACAGCUGCCAGUGAUAAUAGGGUGACAUCUUUCAGAGACCUCAUUCAUGACCAAGACGAGGAAGAGGAGGAGGAGGAAGGCCAGAGGUUUUAUGCCGGGGGCUCAGAGAGAAGUGGACAGCAGAUUGUUGGCCCUCCCAGGAAGAAAAGUCCCAACGAGCUGGUAGAUGAUCUCUUUAAAGGUGCCAAGGAGCAUGGAGCUGUAGCUGUGGAGCGAGUGACCAGGAGCCCUGGAGAGACCAGUAAACCGAGACCAUUUGCAGGGGGUGGCUACCGUCUUGGUGCAGCACCAGAGGAAGAGUCUGCCUACGUGGCAGGGGAAAGGAGGCGGCAUUCCAGCCAAGAUGUUCAUGUAGUGUUGAAGCUCUGGAAGAGUGGAUUCAGCCUGGACAAUGGCGAACUCAGAAGCUACCAAGACCCAUCCAAUGCACAGUUUCUGGAGUCCAUCCGCCGAGGGGAGGUGCCAGCAGAGCUGCGGAGGUUAGCUCACGGUGGACAGGUGAAUUUGGACAUGGAGGACCAUCGGGACGAGGACUUUGUGAAGCCCAAGGGAGCCUUCAAAGCCUUCACUGGCGAGGGUCAGAAACUGGGCAGCACUGUCCCCCAGGUGUUGAAUACCAGCUCUCCAGCCCAACAGGCAGAAAAUGAAGCCAAAGCCAGCUCCUCCAUCUCAAUCGACGAGUCACAGCCUACCACAAACAUCCAAAUACGGCUUGCCGACGGUGGGAGGCUGGUGCAGAAGUUUAACCACAGCCACAGCAGGCACUCUAUGCUUCCCCUAAAGAAGGUGUGCAAGUCUGAAGCCUUCGGUUCUCAUCUCCACUCUUCCACCUUCCAGCAUGACUGCUGCUCACUCCCCAGGGUGGACAGACCAUCCCAAGUGCUUACCAGCUGGGUAACCGAAGUCUGUUUGCCAGAAGUCUCAGGCUGCAUCUUGGAUGUCCAGACCCUUAGAUGUGCCAAAUUGUGGACUGCAUAGAUUUUAAGGGUUGGGGACGGAGAGAAACUUCUAUGUAAGUGCUCUAACGGAGAAGGCUAUCUGUUUCCAGGUGACUCCAUUCUCGUAUGAUCACCAGGUUCAGGAAACAGGGAGUUCCUGGAGAAGGGAUUCCUGGGGCUUAAGAGUUGCUGACCUUCAUUAAUUCUUCUCACUAAUAGUUUGCCUCCUGUGAUGUACAAAAGAGACAUAAUAUUUUCUGCCCUUUAAACUCAUGGCCUACAAGAGGAGACAAAUAUUAAUCAGAUCAUCCCAAAAUUGAUUACAGUACCAUGGAAGCAAGAUCAGGGGACAGAGACCGAGAGUUAGGGGAAGGCUGCCCUGACAAGGCAGCAUUCGAGCUGAGGCCUGAGGUUUGGUCAGGAUUACAGGAAAAGGAUCAGGCAGAGGAGCCCCUAGAAAGAGGGAUCCAAAUGUAGGCAGGGAGCAUGGCAUGAUGAAGAACUAAAAGGAAGGAGAUAGAGAACAGGGGAAGGAGGGUGGUGUAAAGUUAGGCAGGCCUUGGGACCACAGUAAGGAGGUUGGUGUUUCUCCCCAAGAAAAUGGGAGCGACUGUGAAGGGUUUUCAGCAAAGGAAUGACACGAUCCUUUCCUACUGAGAGCUUUGGCUGCUCUGUGGAGAAGGUGGGACCAGGGGAGGGACCUUGGGGGAUGUGGUGCAGCCUUCCGCAAGGUGGGGGUUUGUGGACAGCAUAGAAGGGCACUGCUCACCCACCUCC